AUGAUAAAAGAAAAAUUGCUAAAUUUUUUUAAUUAUUUUUAUUGUAUCAAUAAUUGUUAUAUUUACCAUAUAAUUUUUUUAUAUAUUUUUUUUUUAAGAAUAACUUAUACUUAUGCUGAAAUUACUAUAUCUCAUUUCUUUACUUAUUUAUUAAGUAAAUAUGAGAAUUUGGAAAAGUCAAAAAAAGAAAAAAAUUUAUUUUAUUAUUUUACUAAUAUUUUUAAUUUUAAUAACAGGAAUAGUGACAAGUUUUUAAACACAAAAUUAUUUGUAGUUGUAUACUUGCCUAUUUGCUUAAAAUGCGUUUACACACUUUUUUUUGACUAUAUUGCAUACUAUAUAUAUAUGCAUUUCUACUUUAGAAAAAUUAAUAAUGAUUUUAAAAAACCUUAUUAUUCCUCAGUAUCUUAUGAAAAUCCAAUUUAUAAAGUGAAUGAAAACUUUAGUCAUAAAAAAGGGAUUAAACAAGAUAAAACAGAUAAAAAAAAAAAGUUAAAUUGUGUAUACAUAAAUGAUACUUCUAAUAUCUCUAUAUACAAAUAUAAAAAAUAUAAAUUGAGAAAAAAGAAGUCUCUUAUUUAUAAAAAAAGAUUAGAAUAUUAUACAAAAAAUAAAAAUGCCAAGAAAACAUUAAUUCACAGAAUAAUAUAUAAAAAGGGAAGAAUAAAAGAAGUACGAUGCAAAAAUAAUCAUAUAAAAGAUAAUUUAUUAAAUAGAAGUAAGAAAUAUGAUGUUUUUAAUAAAAAACUUUAUUAUAAUAUAUUAAAAGAAAGAAUUAACAUAUUUACUAAAAGAAAAAAAAGAAAUUUAAAUGAUGAAAAAAAAGUCUUUUUCAAUAUUUUAAGAAAAGGAAAUACUAUUAAAAUCAAGAAUAUUAAAUUGGGUAACUUACGUAAUAAUAAGAAUAAUUACAGCAUAUGUAGUUAUAAUGCUAUUGACGAUAAUAUUACAAGUGAAACUUAUAAUGCUAAUCAUGAUAAUUUCAGUAGAAAAACUAAUAUGAAAAUAUUUAGUAAUUCAUUUUGUUUUAAUGAUAUUUUAAAAGAUAAUAAUAAUAGAAAGAUUGAAAAUUUCAGUUCAUCAUCUGAAUUCAACAAAAAAAGUAAUAAUGUGGAAAAACAAGAUAAGAAGAUAAAAAAAGGAGAAAACUACUUUUUUAAUUAUCACAACAAUUUAAGAAAAAAUAAUUCCAUUUUAAAUAAUGAGAGUUCUAAGAUAUGUGGGAAUAUGUAUAUUUAUGAGAAAUGUUUUGAAAAUAAUAAAAAUGACUUAUGUAAGCAUGCACAUUUCGAGUAUUGUAAGAUUAUUGAGAAAAAUAAUAUAUGUGAUAAUAAUUUUUUAACAAACAAUUUACAUUCGAUUGAUGAAAUAUUUAAAUAUAAAUCUAAUAAUGAUAUUAUUUUUGAUGAUUUAAAAGAUAAAGAAAACAAAAAUAACACACGCUUAAAAAAUUUAUUUAAAAGCUUAAUAGGAAAUUUAAGUAUAGAAUAUUUAUUUGAAUAUAGCAACGAAUUAAUAGAAAGUAAUUUUUCAAUUCCAGACAAUAAAUAUUAUUAUUAUAAUAAAUUUAAAAGUUUUCACAAUGAAAAAAGUAGCAAUUCAUAUAACAUAAGAAAAAUGAUAAAUAAUAAAAUUAAUGCAGAGUAUUAUAAUUUAAAAUUAAAUAUACUUAUAUUAUCAUGUAUAAUUAUCCAAAUUUUCAACUCAUUUAUCUUAAUUCUCAUUUCUAAUAAUAUUAUAACAAAAAAAGAAAAAAUUUUUUUUUUUUGUUUUUUAUAUUCUUUACUAGAAAGUGUAACAGAUGUUAUUUCAGAUAAUAUAUUUUUUUUAUGCGGAAAAUUUACAAAUAUAUAUAAAAAAGAAAUUACUAUAAAUUCUAUUUAUAUUCUACAGGUUAUUAGCAAAAUGGUAUUAAGUGUAUCAACUAUAUUUAUAUAUUUCAUUUAUCAUAUUUUUAUUUUUUCAUUUAAACAAGUAAAUAUUAUGAUUAUAAAUACCUUUAUAAAAGUAUUAUCUAUUUUUAUUCUUUCAAUCAUAUUUCUAAAAAACAAAAAUAAUAUUUUUAAAUCUUACUAUGAUAAAAAAUUUAUAAAUUUUAAUCAUUAUAAUAAUAAAAAAGGUGAUAUAUCUUACAGUAAAUUACUAAACUCUACUAAGAAUGAUCCCUUUAAAAUAAUUAUAGACAAGGAUGAAUUAAACGUCAGUAAAAAUGGAGAAUCAAAUUGCAAUUAUUCAAUAAAUAAAAAAAUAAUAAAGCAUAUAAAUAAAGACAGAGAUAAUAUUUGUUCUCCGAAAAAAGCUAUCUAUCAUGAGAAUUUUGUUAUGAAUAGGUUUGUAAAUGAUAAUACAGAAAAAAAGAAAUCAAGAUAUAUACAACUAAUUUUUCUUAAGUUAAAAUAUAUCUCCCAUAUUUUUAAUUUAUUUAAUUUAUUUCCAAAAAUAAAAAAAAAUAUUUUUAAAGAAGACAAUGCAAAUUAUAAUUACACAUUACUUACUCUACAAAAUGUAAAAUAUGAUGAAGAAAAUAAACAUGCUAUUAAAGAAAAACAAAAUUAUCUAAUAAAAAUACCUAUUAUAAAAAAUAUAAGAAACUUAUGUGAAAUAAACAAAUUAAAAUAUUAUUCAGAUAAAGACAGUUCAAAUAUUAAAAAUAAUAAUAUAAUUGGCGAAGAAAUGGAAUAUAUGAAUGAAAAAAAAAAAAUAAUAAUAAAUAUUAAUAAUAAUAAACUAUAUAAAAAUGGAUAUAAUAUAUAUAAAUAUAACAAUAAAAGCAACAAAAAGAAAAUUAUAAUAAAUUACCCAUUUAAAUUAUUAUUAAACAAUUUGAAUUUUUCGAAUAUUUUUUAUAUUUGCUUAUUAUUAAUUAUUCCAACAUUUGAAAGAAUAUUUUUAAAUUAUAAAAUUAAAAAUAUAACAAUAGGUUUGCACUUAUACUGCUAUCUAAGUUUAGUAAAUCACAUAACUGAUCUAAUAGGUUUGUAUCUUUAUAUUAGUUAUUUUAAUGAGGAAUCAUAUUCUUCAUCUAUUUUUCUAAGUUCAAUUAUUAAUAUAUUAUUGAUGACAUUACGUUUUUUGUUUUUACAUAACGGAUAUAAUCAAAUUGGAUUAUUAUUUUUGGAAACUGCUUUAAAAUCUCUUCAUAAAACUUUUUUUUAUAUGCCUAUUUUUAUUCUAGUUACGAAGGCUUAUAUAAAAAAUAUACAUAACAUAAUGUGCUCUUUCUAUUCUAGUAUUUUGGAUUUUAGUUCUUUUGCUUCAUGUUACUUUGAAUAUUUGAUAAUAAGUUACUAUAACAUAGAAGAUUCAAAAAAUGUUUGUACUCUUGUAUUUAUUUUCUUUUUGAUUUUGCAUUUAUUAUCACUAAUAGUUAUAUCAAAAUUAAAGAAAACUUGA